UAUAAACUUUGAACUCUGAGUGCCGAGUCCAAAAGUCCAACUGGUACUGUUUUUUCCAAAUCUGACCUUAAAUCGGGCAAAAUGACAUCCGUACCAUCAGAUGGGAUGUAAGGAGGAAGUCAAAAAUACCUGUCCAUCCAUCAAAUCCAACGUUCCCCACUGAAUUCAAAUGGCUCACUCUUUUUUAACGUCCAUAAACAAGCAGAUUAGUUGUAAUUUAGCCGAGCAUAAUAUAGAACCGAGGAAAGAUGCUGGGUCUGGUGUUUGGCUCUCUCUACUUCUACCUUCUGCGGUGAUCCUUGGUGGAAUUAAAUACGAAUCUAGUCUCAAAUACCAAGUUGCAGCAUGUAUCUGCACUGGUAUCCUAGUACAAUCUGUCAUUGAUAUGUUCAACGCUUAUUAUCGGAAGCCAACUCCCUUUGGAGCUGUAAUAUUUUCCUGUACCAGUUCAACUAUACUUUUGUACAUUUUCACAUCAAAAGGGCCAAUUUUGAGCAUUCUAUUUGGGUUUUUAAGCAUAUUCUCUUAUCAUAAAACCAUUUUGCCAGUGAUGAAACUGUGCCCAAAAAAUUUUACUUAUGGAGAAUGCACAACGGUUUGCCAAGGAUUCAUCUUAUUUAUUUUUUCAUCUGCAGUAAGGGAAGUACAGCCACAGAUGAACUGUUUUUCUGUUGCCACCACAAUGAUCCAGCUUGGAAACUUGUGCCUAAUGGUGAUAGCCACUGUAUCUUAUUAUCAUAAUAUGAAGGAACAGCCUGGAAAAUUCUACAGCUUGAUUGGGUUUGUUUUUGCAUUUGUACUAUUGCCAUCUUUGUAUCUCUCAAUCGGAGAAAAUCCGCUUGUGUGGAUUUAUAAUUUGUUCACAGAAGACACUACAGCGAUCCAGUUAGUAGUUUUUUGGCUGUUCUGCUGUAUACUAGGUGCAGCUGCUGUAAUGUUGCAAAUUAACACGAACCAGAAAGCAUCGACUGCUGUGAGAAAAAUUUUUCAUGGCCUCAUCAUUUUAGUAUUUGUUCCAGCAGUGAUUUGGAAACCAUGUAUGAUAUAUCUUGCAAGUGGAGUAGUUUUUGCAAUAUUUGCCACUUUGGAUAUGAUUCGAAUUCUCAAAAUGCCCCCGUUGGGUGAAACCCUUCGGUCUGGAUUUUUAAAAUUCGCCGAUGAGAAAGAUGAAGGGCCUCUUGCCUUGACGCCCAUAUAUCUUCUUGUUGGCUGUUCCUUCCCACUUUGGAUCCAUCCAAAUCCAAAUUACUCGGACCUGCUUCCUCUGCUUUCUGGGAUUCUUGCAGUUGGCAUUGGGGAUUCCGCAGCUAGUAUUUGUGGCAGCUUGGUCGGAAAAAACAGAUGGCCAGGUUCGAGAAAAACCAAGGAGGGGACUAUUGCAUGUUUUUUAUCACAGCUUUUUGUCGUUAUACUACUUAUACACAUAGGGUACGUACCGCGCACAAAUCUUAUCAAACCUACUUUUGCAAUCGCAAUGUCUUCGUUUGUCGAGGCGAAAACUGAUCAAGUGGAUAAUCUCGCUCUCCCUUUAUUAAUGUAUGUGAUGAUGUUAUAAGGCUGAAUUGUUGGGUCCUGAUCAACGAAAAAAUGAAUAUAUUGCCAAACGUCAUUCCAGAUUUGUGAUAUAAAAUAUUAAUGUGGUUCUGUGUGGUAUGUAUUCAUGACAGGUUGGAGAAAUUGUCCAAUUUUUAAUUAAAUUUAAGUUGGAAAAAAUAAAAAGCCCUUGGUUUAUUAUUUUUUAUCCAAAUUAAAUUUAUAUAAAUUCCUAUAAUCUCUAGGACUUGUCAUUAUUUAUUUGAAUUAUAUUGAUUGUUACAUAUAUUUCAAUUAGAGAGGUGUAAAAACUGUUAAUUUUGAAUUAACAAGUUUCCAUCCUAACGUGCACAUGUAAAAUUGAUGCUGUACUAUGUUUCAGAGUUUAUGAACUGUUUUAUUGUAGAACUUGCAUUUUACAAUAUUUUAUGUACAUUUUACAAUAUUUUGCUGUAAACAGUUUUACCCACUGAGCUACAAAAUGAUUGUUAACAAUCAUUGCAAGGAUUUGUUAGAGGUUCUUUUGGAAACUAUUGCCAUGACUAUUGCUUAGCUGAUAGAUUUUUUUAAAUCCCGUAUUUUUUACUAUUUAUUGUUAAAUUAUUUUAAUUUUGAUACUUAAAGUUGAUAGAUGGGUUGUUGUUAGUUCCAUAUAUAAUUAGUGUUCACAUUUGUUCCUUUUUUUUAUAUCAGCUUCACUUUAAACUUAAUUUAUAUUAAUAAUGAAUGUUAGAAUUAAUAAUUGGCUGAUUUGUUCAUAAUGUUAAUGAAAUCCUAUAUAUUAAAAUUUUCUAAUAAAAACAAAUGUUACUGUUAGUUCUAUCAGCAAUAAUUAAAGUGUCACAUACAAAAUGCACUAGUUAAAAAUGUAAUGUUAUGUAGUUAUAAAUGCUACAAAUGCACCUGUUAACGUUAGCUAUUUUUAGAAAGAUGGGCUGUGUCGUCAUAUCAGUUAUUUAUUUAGAAUGUUAUAUUGUUAAAAAAAAAGGCUUAGUUAAACUCUACACUCAAAUGAGGUCACCCAUUACUUAAUAAAGAUUUUUAAGAAAUAA